AUUCAAAAGAAACUUAAUUUGUGAAGAUUCAAAAUUCCUGAAGUUUUUUAGCGACUGUUCUCCUGGCCUUUACGGAUUGAUGGAGUAAACUCAAAAUCGAUCCUUUGGAGUGGCAUCGCUCGAAAGCAGAAUAGAAAGAAAAAAAAAACGGCGGGUUAGGGUGGAGAAGGGAAGAACGAACCGAGAAGAGAGGGGGGAAAGAAGGGGCUGCAAGUGUCGAUUCUUGAAGGUGUGUUGAGGCUGCGAAAUCGAGUCAUACAAUCCGCGAAAAAUCACGGUGUUACAGUAUCUAUCCACCCAAUGAGCUGGUCAUCUUGCCCUUUUUGCUCCCAACAAGUUCUUUCAACAGAACUCGAAAGGCACGCCAACAAUCACUUUGAGGAUGAGGAUUUAGCUAAGGAUUUCCAAUUAGCAAAGCACUAUCAUGAUGAAGAUAUUCCCUUCGAUUUACCCCAUCAUAUUUCGCAGGUUCCAAUGCAAGUGAAACCAAAAAACGAUUAUGAGUUGAAACAUGGUUGUAGCUCUAUAAUGGUGAUGUUAAAGGAUUGUUUGGAGUGCGACAAUGGAACAAACACCAGUAUAUUAUGUGGACACGUUGAUCAUUUCCAAAGUGUAGAAUUUGAAGAUAUCGGGUGGGGUUGUGGGUGGCGUAACAUCCAAAUGCUUACCUCUCAUUUGGUUGUACAGAGGCAAGAAGCAAAGGAGAUUCUAUUUGGGGGAGAUGGAUUAGUGCCUGAUAUACUGUCACUCCAAAGAUGGCUUGAAAUUGCAUGGGAGAAAGGGUUUGAUAUAGCAGGGGCGAAUGAUUUUGACCAAAAGAUAUAUGGGAAAAAAACUUGGAUUGGUACCACUGAAUGUGCUGCUCUUUUCUGCUCUUUUGGGAUUCGUGCCAGAAUUGUAGAUUUUUCUUCUGCUUCAAGAUUAUCAACUGAUGUUAGUGGUAACAAGAAGAGGAAGUCAACCCCUCAAGUUACAACUGGACCAAUGGAUAAAUAUCUAAAUACUACUGCAUCGACUUCCACUUCCAAUAGUAAAUCUAUUAAUGACAACAAUUUUUUGGGAGUCAAGGGUAGUCAACUUCUUGCUAAUUGGGUUUGGUCUUAUUUUUCCAAAAAUAAUAAUAAUAAUGAUAUGUCCGCGUCCAUCAAACCAAAACCAGGCUGCAACAGAGUUGUUGUGACGGAUAAAGCGCCCUUGUAUUUCCAGCAUGAUGGACAUUCAAGAACUAUAGUUGGAAUUCAGUUGAAAAGUCUUCCAAAUGGGAUGCACCAACACAGCCUACUGAUUUUAGAUCCCGCUCACAAAACAAAAGUUUUGGAAAGUUGUCUGAGCAAGAAAGUUGGAUGGCAAAGAUAUAUAAAAAGAGGGGUUCACACUCUCAAGAAAUCGGACUACCAGAUGUGUUAUAUGGAUCAUGGAAUUGCCACUGAGGAAGAGAUGGAGAAGCUUAAGAUCUUGGAUAGUACCCGUUUUGAAUUUUAAAGGGAUGUGUUUGUUGUUUCUUGUCUGCAGAUUACUAUCUAAAAACAGCAAUAGUAAGAAGAUGUUCUAUCCAAAUCACAUAAAAAUUGUUAACUGAUAAGGGCAUUUUGAUGAUGAAAAGUGGAAAGUUAAAAAAGUACAAGGGGAUGAUGUAGUAGUAAGGGCAUUUUUUGUUUGGUAGGAUUACAAGGGGAUAUGUAUUUAUUUUGGGACCAUUUUUGUAAUUGUUUUUCUCCCACAAUGACCUUUUCUGUAAAAAAAAAAUCAUGUUAUGUGACUGUAUAUGUCAUGUAUUUCUGCCACAGGAACCAAAUCUAUAAAUAUUUUCUGCCACAAGAA